CCUUCCCCGUUUCCGCCGGCCAGACUGCACCCCCACCCCCACCCCCAUCCUCAGUCCACCACUUCUAUUAAGUUUCAGGAUUGUCAGAAUUAGUUUUGCUGUUAUGGAACAUGGUUCAUUCCAAGAUCAGUCAGCAUCAACAUUUUCUUUGACGGAUGAGGAUCAUACACUCGCCAAUUCUAUCAGAUUCACCCUCAAUCAAGAUCCAAGGGUGACAUUUUGUGGGUACAGCAUUCCUCAUCCUUCUGAUGCUCGAGUAAAUAUAAGAGUUCAGACAACUGGUGAUCCAGCCAGUGAGGUAUUGAAAGAUUCUUGCCAGGAUCUGAUGCUGAUGUGCCAGCAUGUUAGAAGCUCUUUUGACAAGGCUGUUGCUGAUUUUAUGAAUGAACAAGGUCUGAAGGCCAUGAAGAUCGAGCAAUGAUGAGAAUGUUACUCUCACAUCUCUCCUAUAAUCGAUAAAUAACCAAAAAAUAUUAUUUAUUUCUUUGUUUGCUCGUCUAAAAGUUUAAUUCAGCUCCUUUCUCAUCUCUAGUUCUUGUACAUGCCCAACAAUCAAAGGUGUGAACAGUAUUUAGCAUGUCAAAAGAGAGUAACUUUAUGUUGUUCCGGAGAUGAAUGACCCAUAAGGUUGUAGUAAGGACACUCCUGAGCUACUGUUGUUUAUGAAGUAUUGGGAGGGACAGGGUUCUCAAUUAUGAAAGUCAUUAGACUUUUGCCUGUGCAGAAUAAUAGGUGACGGGACACUUAAAAGAACUGAUGGUUAC